AUGCCCACCAUCCAAAACCAACUUCAGCAAGGCGCCGUCCCUGGCGCCAUAUCCAAUGUUGCUCCUCCCGGAACUAAAUUCCAUGUACUAGAAUGCGGCUGGAUGGAGUGUGACGAAGGCUUGGUCACUCGGGGCGGCAACAUCAGCUUGAAAAGCACCGAGGGCCAAUCAUUCGUCAACAAGCGAAGAGAACUGCCCAUCUACUGCAUCUUGAUCGACCAUCCGCACGAAGGCCUAAUCCUCUGGGAAACGGGUGCUGGCAAGGACUAUCCCACAGUAUGGGGCCCAGCGGCGUCUGAUAUCUUCGCUCGCGUGAACUACGAGCCGCGCCACGAGCUUCGUGCGGCCGUGGAAGCCACUGGGAACCGGAUCGAGGAUAUCAAGAAAAUCAUCAUCGGCCACCUUCACCUCGACCAUGCGGGCGGGCUAGACGAAUUCCUAGAAACAACAGAUACCGAGAUUUGGGUUCACGAGCGGGAGCUGAAUUCCGCCUUCUGGUCCGUUGCCACUGGCGCGGACGUCGGUGUCUACUUGCCGCACUAUCUCAAGCUAUCUAUGAACUGGAAGACCUUCAAUGACCAGACCAUGGACUUCUGUCAGGGGAUAACCCUGCACCAUCUCCCCGGGCACACUGACGGCUUGGUGGGCAUGCAGAUUAACAUGCCGGAGACGGGCACGUUUUUCUUCAUCAGUGACCAUUGCCAUGUGAAAGAGAAUUGGGUCGAUGGAAUUCCCCAGGGCUGGCUCGCUCGAGACCACCCAUCUUGGUUCAGAAGUACCCAGAGACUCAAGCAGCUGGAGCGCAUAACAAAGGGACAGAUCAUUCCUGGCCAUGAUAAGGAGACAUUUUUGGAUCUUCAAAAGCAAGCCAAGGUAUUCACUUAG